UUCGGCUCGCCUCACCGGCGCAGCAAUCGUGCUGCUACACCGCCACUGAAUACACCAGCCCUGACCUUUUCCGAACCCUUUUCAUGCAAGAUCAUCGGCCUGCGCUUCCAGACAACUGGGCUGACCCCUGCGCAGGGGCACUAGUACCUUUUGCUUGGAGCUCUCGAAUCGACCCUGCCUGUGCUACGGGUCACAGCACGAAGCACCUUUUCGAAUGCGUCCAAGUUCAUCCAUCAACCAGGAAAAGGGCCCGACUGCAACGCAGCACGUCAGUUUGAUCCAUCUCUUCUCCCAAUCAUGCGAAACGUCGCGUUGCCUAGCCUUGCGCAUGUGCCACUGCAGCAAGUCGAACAAGCCCCGCGCUGUGCACCCUCACAUCCUUGCGCAAAAAACUACGUUGACAUCGGCAAAUGACACAUUGCGGCUAGAGAGACUAUUCUGCUGCAGAGCCAGAGUUGGCAUGAGUGCUUGGCCUCAUAUACUUGCUGCACGUCUAUCACUCCCUGCGUCCUUUGGCGUCGCGUCACGCUGCACUUGCAAGCCCGGGUUCACGAGCGAGAGCGAGACUGAGGCAUUACGUUGCUGCCUUGUAGCUGCCCAUGAUGCUUUCGGUGAUCCUGUCGUUCAUGCGUGCUACGUCGGCGGCGAUCAUCAUGAAGCCAAGUCUGUACAUACUAAGCAUGCAGAUUUGUCCGUCUGACUCUUCGGUGGUGGACGUGGGAGCGAGUAGCAAAUAUGUGGAAAUUCGCAGCAAUGAUAGCAUGGGAAUACACCGGUGGACUGGCGACCUCCAUCUCCAUUCAAUGGGCAUGACCUCACUCAAAUGGGCGCUAUGAUCAUACACCGCUGCCUUUAGACAUCUGCGACUCC